ACGCGGGCGCCAUUUUGGUGGGGCCGGGAGUUCUCCAGCGGAGCGACGGCGGAGCUCGCUGGGCCCGGCGCGGAGGGGCGGCGAGGGGGUGCCCGCUGCGGAGAUGGCCAACAUCGCGGUGCAGAGGAUCAAGCGGGAGUUCAAGGAGGUGCUGAAGAGCGAGGAGACCAGCAAAAAUCAAAUUAAAGUAGAUCUUGUAGAUGAAAAUUUUACAGAAUUAAGAGGAGAAAUAGCAGGACCUCCGGAUACACCAUAUGAAGGUGGAAGGUAUCAGCUAGAAAUAAAAAUUCCAGAAACAUAUCCGUUUAAUCCCCCUAAGGUGCGGUUUAUCACCAAAAUAUGGCAUCCUAAUAUUAGCUCAGUCACUGGGGCCAUUUGUUUGGAUAUCCUGAAAGAUCAAUGGGCGGCGGCAAUGACUCUAAGAACAGUGUUGUUAUCACUGCAAGCAUUGUUGGCAGCUGCAGAACCAGAUGAUCCACAAGAUGCAGUAGUGGCAAACCAGUACAAACAAAACCCAGAAAUGUUUAAACAGACAGCUCGACUUUGGGCACAUGUGUAUGCUGGAGCACCAGUUUCUAGUCCAGAAUACACCAAAAAAAUAGAAAACCUUUGUGCUAUGGGCUUUGAUAGGAAUGCAGUAAUAGUGGCCUUGUCUUCAAAAUCAUGGGAUGUAGAGACUGCAACAGAAUUACUCCUGAGUAACUGAGCCAUAUAGAGAGAGCUGCUUCUGUAGUCCAGCUUGCCCCUUCUGGAGGAGCAUCACCAUCUGUUAUCCUAGGAUUCUAUAUAGAUUCUCUUUCAAAACUGGCACUCUUGCCUGAUGAUGCUAUCUAGGCACUAUUGGAGACUGAAAAAAGCGCUCUGUAAAUAAAGCUAAUUAAACGUCUGUGUAAAUUUAAAAAGGGGAAAUACUUUAAUUUUUUUUCUUACUAAAUAUUGUAAAAAUUCUUUGAGCUCAGCUAAGAUAAUGGGGAAAAACAUGCCUACUUUAGUGUUUAGCAGUGUGACGAAGACUAGCAGGAACUUGCUUCAGGAUUUUGAUUUAGUAAUUCAGAAAGCAACAUUUUUGAGUGUUAGUCAUCAAAAUUGUUGGUGCCACUCAUCACAGUUAUCUUACUGUUUUUAACAUGGAUCCUAUGUGCCUGUGGAUUGACCUAUAUUUGCAUGCUUGUACUUAAUAGACAUAUUAGGUAGGGUUGCUGAAGAGAGCACCAUGGAAAUACUCGUUUGCUUUUGUAACUUUUUUCCUGACAGACUUUCAAGACUUACCCAAAGUUCCAAAUGGUGAGCUACUCAGAACCAUUUUCUUUCUAGCUUAUUAAUUGGGAAACCUGAUUCUCCUCUCCCUUACAUCAUACUGUUGAUUAUGUUUCAUCAUCUAUAGGUAUUAUGUGUGCCAUUACAGUAGUCUAGGCUCCCCUUUAAAAAUAUAUAUUUUGAAUUAUCAGUAAUGAUUUUCAUCCAUCAUGUUUUCUACACAAUCAUGGAAGGAGUAUGCCUCGAUACAGCACAGAAACAUGGAGCUGGUUUCAUUUCCUUUUUUUUGGUCUUAAAUAGCUGUAAAGUGUUCUUCAGUACCUGCUGGAUAAUAUGAUUUCAUGGUGUUUGAAGGGGGACAAAGCUGAUUCUCCAGCAUACUGAGAAGGAAAAAAAAUUUUUUUGAGUACUUGAUAUGAUGCAAUCAGCUGUUUUUUGCAGCAGUUUUCUAGCUUUAUUUUGGGCUUCAAUUUAAGGAUUGCUUACUAGGUACUUUAAAAUUCAUCCUUGCUUGCAUUUUUCUCUGGUUAACACAUGGAGGCUGUGGUGGUGUUUUUACUGUACAUACUUCAAAUGCUCAUAGAAGUAGAAGUGUGUUCUCAAUUUAGCUUUCUUUUGGAUUGAUGUUUCUGAUAAACGAGAACUGAAAUCUUUCCUUGGCUUGUACAUACAGUCAGUCUUUUUAUUUGUAUUAAAAUGACAUUUCAUCCUGAGUGCAAAAGCUUGAAAAUUAUUAGUUUUGCAACUUCAAACACUAGUACAUCUAUUUAAAGAGAGCUGUAAUGUCUUUGUGAAUAUGAUGCUAACUUUUGAGAAUAUAUCUGACAAGGAAGUUCAGAGAAAUCCUGAGACUAGAGAAUAGGGAUUGUGGAUAAUGGAGUACUGUAUAAGUCAUCUUUUCUAUGACUGUUUUGUUUUGCUGGGGUUUUUUUCUCCUAAACUGUGGACUAAUGGGGUGGGGAAAUAUAUGCCCGUUUCGGGUUUUUUCUAGAGCUAUGAAGUUCAAGUUGAAAUAGUUUCACACUUCAUAGUCUGUUUAUAACUCAUACUAGAGGAAAUCAGGAACAUUAUGGUAUCUGUUAAAUACCUGGAGCAUAGUGGUAGGGGAACAGAACCAGAAAACAGAGCUGUAGAGACCUGGCUAGUUCAGGGAUGUUCCCUGUACUGCUCUGUCUGAUGUGUCCAAACUUAAAAUAGGGCACAGACAGUAAAUACUUUGAACUCAUAUCAGUGCAAUACUAAAUGCAUUUGCUUAGUCUUUAUACUUACUGCUUUUUAAGGUGUAGUCAGUGACCAGUUUUCUUGAGUUAGUGUAAAUCAUUUGCAAUGAUGCCAAAGGAAAUGAGUUGUUUUGACUUUCCUUGUAUUUAUUUAUUUUUUUUUAAACAAAAAGCUGCUACUGUCCAGCUGGUUUGCUAGGUGGAAACCAGGGACAGUAGGAAACUGGCAAAAUGCCACUUGUGUUAAUCUCAAGUUGCUGUCUUUCUGUUAUACAGGCUAAGAACUUUUUGAUUACAUCAACACCUUUUUUUUUACCCUGGUGGUAAAUAUGAAUCGCUUACUACUUUCCUUUGUUCUUCGCUGCUAUUUAUCAAAAGAAAGAACUUGGAAAUCAUUGUUGGGGACAUAAAAAUUCUCAGUUAUGGGCUUCUGAACUUGUCUUUUGAUAAGACUAGUCUCCUAAGAACAGCAGGUUUUUCCAACAGUAUGUAAAGGGAUGAAUGAAGCCGGGGAAAGGGGGAGAGGGAGAAAAGGGGAAAUGGUUCUUAGGUGAGUAUGGUCACCUCUGAAAGAAUGCCCUGUUAAGUUUUACUUCUCUCAUGGAGUUACCUCAUUUUCUUCUCUACUGCAAAAUACUUUUGUCUUUCCCUUCCCCCUUAUGUAUAAAUGUUGGAUUGUGGGUUUUCCCCUCCAUCCAUGUGCUCGGUAGCUUAAUGCUAGCUCAGGUGCUGGCAGGAAGCUUCUCAAGAAGUGAGCUGGGAAAGAAAUGUGACCCAGCAUAAAGGAGACACCUGUGGUCUGAAGUCCCUCUGAAUUUUGACAUGUGACUCCUUUAUAAGGAAUGUUUUUGUAUUCUUGGUAAUUAUCAGAGUUGAAUAUAGGGAUAAUGUUGUACAAGGUUAGUUUAACUGCAGCUGGGGCUGAGCCCUAGGAAUUUUGCUUUUAGUGUUCAGUUUAUCAUUGUGAGUUUGUACAUACAAAUGGUAGUUCUGUUGUCUGUAUCACUGAACGUCACUAUAUUCAGGGCCCUGUGCGUCCACAGGACGUGGAGUUGCCAGACGUGGAGUUGCCGUGCAGUCCUCUCCAGCUGUGCAAUUGGGCUGCACAUUUACCACUUCCUUAAAGCAAGAACACGAAACAUGGGUACAGUUGCUUUCUCAGUACAGAUAAACCCUCCAUUGUCUUCCUCUAUUGUGCCAGAAGAUGGCUUGAAACAGUCAUUUUGAAGCUUAAAUGGCCCCAUUUUUCUAAACAAAAUAUUGGUAAUGACGCUUAUGGAUUGCCAGAGCGUCCAUUGGAUUUCACUGCUGAACAUUUUAACAUGCAUCCAGCAAAAUGGUUUAUCUUAUCUCAUCCAGUUCCUCCAAGAGCAUAGUAGAGUUCUGUUCAGAGGUAGAGAAAUGCCCUUUCCUGUUGCCAAAAGCUCUGUUUUCCCAUGAGUACCAAAAGCCCUGACUGUAUCCCACCCCCUUGCCAAAUUCACAGCUUCCUCCCGUUGCUUCUGUGAACAAGCUGUGUUCUCAGCAUGACAAACCGUUGCAUUUUGAAGACAAAAAACUUAGAUACAUACCCUUCUGGAAAGAUAUGUUAGUGCUAUUUAUUCUGCAUACUCCCAACUUUUUUUUUUUUUUUUAAAGCUUACCACAGAGUACAUGGGGCUUUGACUAUAAUUGGUUUGGUAGUAUUUAUCCGAGUAAUUAGGUACUACUGGCUUACAAAUGUGUCUUAGGGUUUUUUUUAAUUAUCACUGUAUUCAACUGUUUUCCAUGUAAAUUAGUACUGGAACGCUGACAUAAGGAAUAUAGGAUUUUUUUUGUUUUGUCUAAAAGGAGGAAUUAAAGAGCCAGAAAGAAUCUUACCUUGUAACACCAAAUCUGCAUUAGAUGGUGUGGGUAACAGAAACAUUUAAACUAUGCAAAUUUAAGCUUAACAGCUGUGACUCAGACUAGGCACUUCAGAGUAUAUGGAUUGCUUAUGUCAUCGGGGAAGGGAGAAGGGGAGUGGGGGGAAAUCAAAACACAUGCUCAAGCAAGACUUCUUGUUUACUGCAUUGGUCAUGCACUGUGAUGAGUAAGUGUUCCAUUUUUAAUGCAAGGGGAAACCUAACUGUGCAUGUCCUGUUUCCUUCCAAAACACCAACAAAAGCUGGCUUAGACUUGGAGGCUUGCCCAGAGGGGGAAAUGUUAAAUAAUUUAGCAGAAAAAGUUGGUUUUACUUAGUGUCUGCUGAUGAGCAGAGGCAACAGGAAGAUGAGGUGUCCUCUCCUGCUCUGGUUUGUUGAUGGAGUUGAUGAGUGUGGCCACUGAUUUGUCAUCAGGUGCUUGGUUUUGUAUGGUUUUGUUGAGCAGUUUGGCUCAACAAGAGAUAGCAAAAGUGCAUUUCGUCAUCAUCUGUUGCAUCACAGAACUAAAGCAUGGAAGUCAAGAUGAUUGUUGGGUGCCUAAGGCCUCUUCUGGGAAGACCAUAUAGACGUUUUCAUAGGUACCAUCCUCGUUUUCCAGGCACAGCUUUCUCCUAGGGCUAGGCAAAGCGGCAGUUGCUUCUCUCUUGCUAGUUUUCUGAUCUGUUCCAAACCUAUCUGUGAAUGAUGUAGCUUGCUCUUCCCACUUGUGGUGUUAGUGUCAUCAGCUGACUCAUCAUCAGACUCACAAGACCAACUGCCAUCAACGCAUUUGGCUUCUGGCUUGGUUAUUCCAGCUGCAGUGCUCUGUUGGCAGCAACUUGACUUCAGAUUUGUUCUCACUAGACAAACUCUUGCGAAUCAUUUGCCCUGUACUGUGCUGUGAUGUUCCUUCUCUGCUGUUACCUGCUUUGUAGGCAUUAAAAUAACUACAGGAUCGCUCAUGGUGCUGAGCCCUUCAUCAAUAAUGUAAGUUCAGGUCCAUGACUUGACAGACGAGGAAAUGUACUGUGAAAAUGCUGUACUUGUCUGGUUUGCAAUUUGCGGCAACUGCUGGUGCUCUGUGCAGUGUCAGAAGGAGGCUGCCAUCAUAGGAAUGCUGAUGUCAACUGCUGAAGAACCCUGCUUUUCUUACCUUUUCCAUCCUAAAUUCUGACUUUUCUAGUAAAUAUAUAUUUACCAAUAAAUACUGCAGGAAGUUGCUUCCUAAGCAUCAGACUUCCUGUAGAAGAGGAGGGGGGAGGGGGGCUGGAAUGCAGCAUCAGUGUUUUUUGUCUUGAAAAUAAAAACUACACAAACACUUUUGUACACAAAUAAUUUUUAAAAUAAACACACAUUUUAAAAGAUGUUGAUUUUCACUGGGAAUGCUUAACAAUAAAUGCAUGUUUCCCUGAAAACAGUUUUCAUUUUAUUUCUGGCAAUUUAGAUUAUUUUGAGAUUACAGGGUCUACUGCCUCCAUGUCAGUAACAAGAGAGAAAGGGAUGAUCAUUUUCAUGGUGCAUCUUAAUAGUUUUUGAAGAAGAAAAUUGUGUAAAUAUAAGUUGUGUAACGGAAGGGUGUGUUAUUUCAGCGAGGACUGCCUCUUGUGAUGGUCUGGGAAAUACAGGUACAGCUGCAACACCUUGUGUAUCCCUUCAAAGGCUGCAUCUGAAGGAACAAAGCCAAUAACUCACAGAGGAAAAACUUCUCUUUGGAUUUUCCAGCACCACUCAUGUUCAUGUCAUCUUUGUGCAUUUUAAACUGUGUACCUCAUAUAAACUGCAGUUGGUUCUUGCACUGGGAGGUGACAGCCUGUUGGGUAAUAACACUGCCCUGGUGUUCAGCUGUAGAAGAAUCUAGUAGAGAUCACGGCUGUGGAUUUGCUACCAGCACAAACUAUUCAUUUUGGUGUUUGUCAGCAUUUCUUAAAUGGAGUAAAGCGGUUUGAAGACAGUGGCUGUGCAGCUGAAGCAACGAGCAGCGAGUUUGCUGUGGAGCUGGUUAUAAUUCUGUUUCAGAUCUACGUCCCAUCUUCAGGUGUGUCUUUGUCCCUGGGCAGGUUUUGCAGGUUUUUGGGCAGGCUCUAACAGCUGGGAUAGUGCUGCACAGUUUUAUGGUGUAAGAUGAUGUUUGGGUUUUUUGUUUAAUUUACUGUCAUCGGGAGCUGUGUCGUAUUGUGGUACCUCAUUUUUUAAGAGGGGUGAGGGAGAAGGAGCACUUCCCCAGCCCCCCUCUCCUGUGGGUGGGGGCUUCUCUUAGCCUGACAUCAAUUCAGAGAAAU